UGGAAGGAGGGGCGCAGGGAUUGGGACUGCGGUGAUAAACAAACACACGCAGUACUGUCGUUAGUAGCUUGUCGAGCUCUGUUGCUACGCUUUGGCAGCACCGGCUGACUUUCAGGAAAGCUGACCUUCUUCACGGACCAAGCAUUAUAAAGUCAAAACCCUGGUUAAAAAUGCAGGACUUUAUCUAGCUAAUAAAACCCAAGGAUUGGUGUCCCCUUCUUCCUCCCUCCCUCCUCACCACGGUGUCGGCUUAUGUGACACAUUAACGUCCCGGGCAGCGAAACGAGCGAAACAUGACGGAGCUGAGAAAGCGAGGCGGAGACGGAGGAAACCCUGACAGCACCGAGAAUAUCAGCGAUAAGGAGGCCGAUGGCGAUGACAGGCUGGGCUUUCAAGGUGAUGCAGAGGGAGAAUGUGAUGGUGACUCCAAAGCAGACACUCCAGAUGUUCCUCUCCCCACAGCAGACACAGACAACACUCCACAAUACCUGAACAAAGCUCUGGAGGGCCUGCCGCCCAGAUGGAAGAACUACUGGAUACGAGGAGUUCUGUCUUUAGCCAUGAUUUCAGGCUUUUUUCUCAUCAUCUAUAUGGGACCUGUUGCUCUUAUAUUAGUGGUCAUGACUGUCCAAAUCAAGUGUUUCCAAGAAAUCAUCACCAUCGGCUACAGAGUUUACCAUUCCUAUGAGCUGCCUUGGUUCAGGACACUAAGCUGGUACUUCCUGAUAUGCGUCAACUACUUCUUUUAUGGGGAAACUGUUGCGGAUUACUUUGGGGCUCUGGUGCAAAGGGAAGAACCUCUGCAGUUCCUGGCUCGUUAUCACCGCUUCAUCUCCUUUGCUUUGUACCUCGCAGGUUUCUGCAUGUUUGUGCUGAGUUUAGUGAAGAAACAUUACCGCCUGCAGUUUUAUAUGUUUGCUUGGACCCAUGUGACCCUGUUGAUUGUGGUAACUCAGUCCCACCUUGUCAUUCAGAACCUGUUUGAAGGAAUGAUCUGGUUCAUUGUCCCGAUCUCCAUUGUGAUAUGCAAUGACAUUAUGGCCUACCUGUUUGGAUUCUUCUUUGGGAGGACUCCACUGAUCAAGCUCUCACCUAAGAAGACCUGGGAGGGCUUCAUCGGUGGUUUCUUCGCCACUGUGGUCUUUGGCUUUAUUCUGGCCUACCUCCUGUCUCAGUUCCAGUACUUUGUGUGUCCUGUGGGCGUCAACAGUGAGACCAAUGGGUUUACAGUUGAAUGUGAGCCUUCUGAUAUAUUCGUGAUGCACGAAUACACUCUUCCUGCUGUGGUACAAAACACACUGAGAUGGAAAACGGUAAACCUUUACCCCUUCCAGAUUCACAGCAUCUUCCUCUCGUCCUUUGGGUCUCUCAUCGGGCCUUUUGGCGGUUUCUUCGCCAGCGGCUUCAAGCGAGCCUUCAAAAUCAAAGACUUUGCUAACACCAUCCCCGGCCACGGUGGUAUCAUGGAUCGAUUCGACUGUCAGUACCUGAUGGCCACCUUCACACACGUCUAUAUAGGCAGCUUCAUCAGGGGACCGAAUCCAAGCAAGGUGCUACAGCAGCUGUUGAUGCUUCGGCCUGAACAGCAGCUCAGCAUUUUCCACACUCUGCACUCCCAGCUGAGAGAGAGGGGCAUGCUCCCCCAAGCUGCUGCCCAGGCUGAGUGAAAGAUGGCCAGCUUCACAGGGUGAUGAUCGCGGAGUGUGUGAUGGUUUGGAAAGUUUGUGUAAGCAUGUGCACACACAGAGACACACACAUACAUAUACACACACACACACACACACUCUUCGGUUUGGCUGUAUGGUGUGUGUGAUCCCUGGCCUCUCUCAGAGCAUCAUCCUGCCGACUCUUCGUUUGACUUCCAACCAGCUCAUAAUCACGACUUUGAACCUGGAUGACUCUCCAGUGUACGUGGAAUAACCUCGUAGUAAAAAACACAAUACCAACAACAACAAAAUAGGCGGCUUUGUUGCUUUCCACUUGGACCGGCACAUAAUCUUCAACACGCUUCACGAGCAAACAGGCAGUCCCCAUCCUAAAAACGUACAGACUGAAGAUAAAAUGUCUUAUCGAACAAAACGGACCCUAAAGCACAUGGCUUUCUCAGUGGAUGGUUGAUUUGCAGUUUCCCUGUGGACAGACAAUAUUGCACUGACUUAAGCUGAACAAAAGGAUUUAAAAAGCUUGGGCCCAAAGUGUUGGACACUUGGACCUGGGAUACAGCAAACAGACUGUUGAGACUUUUCUUUCUGGGGUUUGGGUGUGGGCGAAGCAAUGAUGAAUACUACAGUAUAGACACUGUUUUAUAUACUAAUCUCUAUUUAAUGGUCCUAACCUCACAGCAUAACAAUACAUGUAGCAUGUACGCUAGUCCAGCCUUGGGCUACAGCUAACUUAGCCAUGUUUAUUCUCUUCUUCCACAGAGGGAACUUUAAGCUUUUAGGUUUCUGUCUAAAUCUAAAUAACUUGCACAAAUAAAGUCAAUACAGAUUGACUGUAGGCAUGUUAACGCAAAAACUAGAGCAUCAGCACUAAAGUUAAUGUAUUGUACAUAAAUAUAUAGAAGAUAUUUAGCUGCACAAAUACAUAAUACGUACUAUAACUAGAAAAUCUUUUUAAGCUAUGAAAAAUGAUAUGCAAAAAAGAGAUGUAACUCAUUUGUAGCCUUUUAGAAUGAACAAAUUAGAUUUUUAUGAGGCAGGGAUGUAGAUUUAAUCUGAGGUUGCUGCUCAUUUAGAGGAUGUGCUGGGUGAACCUAUAUGAGAUUAUUUAAAGGAAUAGUUUAACAUUUGGAAAAUACACUUUUAUUUUUGCCGAGAAUUAGAUCAGAAGAUCGAUGACCAAUCUCAUGUCUGUGUGUUGGAGAUGUAGCUUGAGCCUUGAGGUGAAUAGCUUAAAGUGCUCAUAUUAUGCUCAUUUUCAGGUUCAUUAUUGUAUUUAGAUGUUAUAUCAGAAUAGGUUUACAUAGUUUAAUUGUCAAAAAAACACCAUAUCUUUGUUGUAUUCCACAUUGCUGGAGCUCCUCCUUUUCACCCUGUGUGUUGAGCUCUCUGUUUUAGCUACAGAACGAGACAUCUCACAGCUGUACCAUCUUUGUUGGGAGUUGCGCAUGCACAGUACCUAGGUACGCAAGGCUAGCUAGUCAGUUGCAGAGUAUGAGGGCGUGCCACGCUAGCAGCUAGGCAAACAUUAUAACGUGUUACAAAGUGAUGCACGUUUGACACGGAAGUAUAGGCUGGACUACAAUAGAGCUGUUUGGAGCAGUUUGUGAACAGUUUUCUGUCGGAGAUGGUAAGUCUCUUUAGGGUGGAUUUUGGGCUUUUUACUUUGUAAACCUAUAACGUGAACAAAAAGAUAUAUAACUAUAUAAUAUAAGAAAGAGAAAAAGCCAAAAGCAUAAUAUGAGCACCUAAAAGACUGGAAGCAUGGUAAAACCGCAACAUUCUAAUAUUGGCCUACCAACACCUAUAAAACUCUCAACACAGUGUUGGUGAACAACAGCUGCGUGCAGCAACAAGCUAUGUGUUAAUUUGUGAGCUGUUAAAGGUGUAACGUUGAAGAAUACUAGUCAAGCUUUUUUCCCCUGCUUCCAGUCUUAAUGCUAAGCUAGGCUAAUUGCCACCUAGCUCUAUAAUCCAUACUGAACGCAAGCAUUAGUGUGAUUUUGAUCUUAUCUAACUCAGACUAUUUUGCCAAGAUGGUGAACUAUUCCUUAAAAAAAAAGACUGCCUCCUUUAUCGAUUUAACCAAUGAUUUUAGUUGCACUGUGGGGGUGGGGUGGGGUGGGGUAGGGUGGGGUAGGGCCUCCGACUCAAUGUUUGUCAAACUGUUGAAAUAAAAAUCUUGCUAUUUUAAAGUCUUCUCAUGCAUUAAAUCACUGUUAAAUUAGUAAGUUUUGAAUGUAGUUUGCAACAUAAGACCUGAGUACAUUCAGAGCCUAUAUACUGUACAGUAUGUGUGUGUAUACAUACAACACUGUAUUUACACAUAUCUUUAGGUAUAUACAAAAUCUGAUGGCUGGUGGUUUUAUUUGCUAUAUCUUAUGCAAGUUGCAGUUUGAUUCCUUUAGACUGUGGAUUUGAUCAUUGAAUUCUAAAGGAAACAUAUUGCGUUUAUGAUGUUCACCAGUGUGAUGAAUAAGACGAUGCAUUGUAAGCGUGUUAAGAGGUACCUAGUCUGGCUCAAUGGAUGUACAUCGCUGGGAUAAAGCCUGACUGGAUGUCCCUCCAGUCUUGCUAUCUCCGCUCUAGGGCUUAGCGCCGCCCAGUACGCUUGUGAUUGAGACCAUAGAGCAGCGCUAGCAGGUGUUUGGUUUUUUUUCUUUUCCCAAUGUCUCCUUCCAGGCAGCACGGCAAUGGUUAUGUUUAGGGUUAGCUGCCUGGAAGGCGACGUUGGAGGCAAAUAACACCAUUGAGCACGCAAACACAACGCUGUGGAGAUACUGUAGGUCUGGCAAUGAAGAGGCACCAGAUGGGUCCGAUGAAAUUCUCUGAUGGAAUCCAGACCUUUUCAGAGAGAAAUGUUUACCAAAGCACUGUCUGAUUAACACUGAUUUCCUUCCGUUAUGAAAAAGCUCCAGGGCCUACGUUCAAACGUCCGUCUCCUUUCGACAUCCUCUCUUUGGUCUGAAGAAGAAAAAAAAAAAAAAAAAUGAAAAAAACGAGGCAAGUUUGGAACUGGGCUGCAGACUGGACUGCUAACAUUUGCAUCCGUGGCCUGUGCAAUGCUCUGUUUACUUCCUUUAGUUGUUGGACAAAGGGGAUGUUUUAAUUUAUUUGUCAUUUGUGUUGUUCAUGUUUUCCUCAUACAUAGAAGUGCAUUUUAGGGUGUUUUCCCUCCAUUUAAAGUGAAUGGGGGGUGCUGGGUGGAUUUUGGGGACCAGCUGUAUUGUACUGUAUAAAUGUAUAUGUAAAGCCUCCAUCUGAGGCAAAACCCACACUGCUGCUUUACAGGCUGUGUCCAACCUACAUACUGAACAUAAAGCAAAGCAUGUAGACACCUGGACAGUGUUCACACUAAAGCAAUCAGACCAAAACCCAACACAAACAGCAGAUGGUCAGUUAUUUAGAUUUGGUUUUUUUCUUCUUCUUUUUUUUUUUUUUAAAACACUGUUGUAUGGAGUCUAGAGUGUGCCACCAGAAUAAUUAAACAUUGUUAUUGGUAAAUUAAUCAAAAGCAUUAGAAAUCAAUGAGGUUAUUUGAAAUGUUUACAUUUAUGCUAUUUCAAAAAAAGUCAUUGUCAUCUAGUGUCUCAAAUAAUGUUGAAUGAAUAAAAAACAACAUACACAUUUUUCUGCUUUUAUUAGUUUACAUUUAAAGUGACUUAAAUUUAAAUACUUUUUAAUCAGUUUGUUUUGUCUACAAAUGUCAGAACAGCCUCUCACUUGAGAAAUGUUUGAAUAGAUGACUCAGUAAAUAGUUUAUUAAAAUAGUUAAUGAUAGCUAAUGAUAUUUCAGUUAAUCAAUAAUCAACACUUUAUUUCAGCUCUAGUUAGAAGACAAUUGCAAACAAUAGAAGAAAAUUGUACGUAUUUGGCAAAUUCAUUUAAGAAAUUUAGUUUUUAAAAACUGACUAAGUCAAUUGUCAAAACACAUUACUACGACAUACAGUGUCACUUAAAUGCAUGAAUGAUUAUAAUUAAGUUUAUUAUUCUAUCGGCACACUUUAGACUCCACAGAUUUGUAGUUCAAAUUAGAUCAAAGUUGUGUGGACUAAUUUAUAUUUUUAUUCACGUUAUGAAGGUAAACCACUUGUACACAAAUGAUAGGGUAGGUAAGAAAAAGGUAGUUAAGUAGCCCAGAUGUCAGGUUAUGAUGCACUGCAGAUGUUUGGUUGCGUGUUUUUUUUAAUUUAGCAUUUUGUGUAUGUUAAAUUUGCUUUGAGCAGAAAUGUUUUCUAAUGAAGAUCUAUAGCUUUUGGAGUGGAUACGAUUUAAAAAUGACACUGAGGAAGUAUGCUAUUAAUAAUAGGGAAAAUACAAAGUCAUGUAUAAACCAAAUAUUGAUACUUGUUAGGGAUAUUGUAAAGCUGUUUACUGUAUGGAGGUGAAAUAAAGAUUUUUUUUUU